AACGCGGAAGAGCCGGGGAGCUGGUAGAAGCCCGGAGUGAGGAACGGGCGAAAGGAUGAGUCUGACAUGACCUGGAGGGGGGCUGUGUACCCUGGAGAAAGUGAAGCAAGGAAGGGGAGAAGUGAAGCAGUGGCAGGCCCGACAUGGGAUCCCAAAAGCCGAGGAUCCUGCCUUGGCUGGUGUCUCAGCUGGACGAGGGGCAACUGGAGGGCGUGGCUUGGCUGGACCAGAGCCGCCGGCGCUUCCGCAUCCCCUGGAAACACGGUUUGCGGCAGGAUGCCCAGCAGGAGGACUUCGGCAUCUUCCAGGCCUGGGCAGAGGCCAGCGGUGCCUACACUCCUGGGAGAGACAGGCCUGACUUGCCAACGUGGAAGAGGAAUUUCAGGUCUGCCCUGAACAGGAAGGAGGUGUUGCGUUUAGCUGAGGACCGGAGCAAGGACCCCCACGACCCGCACAAGAUCUACGAGUUUGUGAACUCAGUUGGGGACUUCCCUGAGCUGGAGACUUCGGACACCGAUGGCAGAUUCAGUACCUCUGACACCCAGGAGGACAUUCUGGAGGAGUUACUGAAUGACAUGGCCUUGGGCCCAGUUCCAGAUGAGGGGGCCUCGAGCCUGGCUGUGGCCCCUGAACACCCCCCUCAGCUCUUGCUGAGCCCCAACUUAGACAUGCCUGCUCCCUACCCAAACCCAACGCCCCCUGAAAACCCACUGAAGCAGCUGUUGAUGCCCCAGGACGACUGGGAGUUCGAGGUGACCGCCUUCUACCGGGGCCGCCAAGUCUUCCAGCAGACGGUCUUCUGCCCGAGGGGCCUGCGGCUGGUGGGGUCAGAUGGAGGGGACAGGACACUCCCCGGGCAGCCGAUAACACUGCCAGACCCUGGGGCGUUCCUGACAGACAGGGCUGCGAGGGACUAUGUGAGUCGUGUGCUGAGCGGCCUGGGCGGGGGACUCGCUCUGCGGAGGGAAGGGCAGCGGCUCUGCGCCCAGAGGCUGGGCUCCUGCCACACAUACUGGGCUGUGGGCGAGGAGCUUCUCCCCGACAGUGGCCGUGGGCCUGACGGCGAGGUCCCCAAAGAGACGGGAGGAAGCGUGUUCAACCUGGGGCCGUUUGUGGCAGAUCUGAUUGCCUUCAUCAAUGGAAGCGGACGCUCACCACGCUACACCUUCUGGUUCUGCAUAGCGGAGCCAUGGCCCCAGCACCAGCCGUGGACCAAGAAGCUAGUGAUGGUCAAGGUUGUUCCCACGUGCCUCAGGGCUCUGCUGGAAAUGGCACGGGUAGGGGGGGCCUCCUCGCUGGAGAACACCGUGGACCUGCACAUUUCCAACAGCCAGCCCCUCUCCCUCACGUCGGAGCAGUACAAGGCCUAUCUGCAGGACCUGGUCGAGGACAUGGAUUUCUAGGUCACUAGCCGCGUCUGCACCACCACCUGUGGGUGCAGGUCCCUCGCCUCCACCAAUAAACUACUUCUGGCCACUGUC